AUGGACAAAAAGAAAACCAAAUUUCAUAUUAAAGAUUUUACAACUGGCCAGUUGCUUUAUGAAAUUCCUCAAGAUCUUUUGGAUAUAAGCUCAGGUUAAAAUCCUUCUUAAGUUAUUAACAGAUUUGACUUUUUAGAUGAAGAGAGAUUCAAAAUUGUUAGCGAAGAGGGCAUUGAGAAAAUAUUGCAUAUUGACAGUGGAUUUAAAGAAAUAGCUUUUAACUAUAUCCCUCUAUUUAAAGACAUUAUGGAAAUUGAAUAUGUUUCCUAUUCAUACUACCGAUCAAGAAGCAUUUAUUAUUGGCCGAUUGUUAAUUUACUCCAAUAUACCUAUCAAAAAUAUAAAUCAUUGUACAACUUAGAGGGUAAAUAAACAUUCGAGUAAAUGAAUCCUUUGAUGUUUACAAUAGAUAUUGAUUAUACCGAUAGAAGCAUUGCUCCAUUCACUUUUGCUCAUUGGAGUUUAAUUGAAUAAAUUUAGCAAGGAAAGCUUAAAAUUGAGGAGUUACAAGAAAAUGUAGUAAGAGAAAUAAUGUACAUUGCUCAUCCUUAAGGAAAAGAAAUUAAAUUUCAUAUGCCAUUCAUUUCCAACUUAGAUGGAGAAUCUCCUAUACAUCUCUGCAUUAAAAAAUAAGCCUUUAAAAACAUAGACAUUAUGUUGAAUUGUCUAAGCUUAUACCCAAUCGAUCAUCAUUCCAGAACUAUUAAAGAUCUUUAUCCAGAUUUCCUUGAGUUAAAGCUCCAUAAUUUCCUAGACUAUAUAGAUUCAAGAAUUCAGCAAACUUAGUAAUUAGAGCAGAUAAACAAAGGUGCCCUUAAAGAAAAUUACCCAGAAAUAAUUAUUUAAGAUCUUUGGUUUGAUGAAAAAGCUUUUAAAUAACAGAUUUUUACAACUGGAGCAGUAGAAUCAAGGAUUAAGUGUGAAAUCCUAGAUAUGCCUGGUAUUUAUCAUAUGAAAGAUUAAGAUUUUAAUUCGAAAGCUGUAAGAAAGCUUAUAGAAUUUAACUAUCCUUUGGUCAAGGAAUAUAUUUUGAAGAAACUAUUUCUGCCAUUUUGCUUGUUUCACCUCUGCUUUGUGAUCAGUAUGAACUUUAUUUUUGAAAAUAGACACUUAAAUGGCUUCAGUUAGGUAUACUACCCAUUAUUAAUCUUAAAUGCUAUUUUUGCUACAUAUUUCUUGUCAAAUGAGAUGAAAUAACUAUACUCAAGUUUCAGCAAUAUGCAAUGA